AUGCGAGGAUUCGAGACAAUGUACAACGCCCACAUGGGCCGUCAGCUGACAGCCAUAAUAUUCUUGGGCCCCACAUAUUACCAACGGCUAAAGCACAUGGUCGACGACAAGAUCCACUCGAGGGGCCGAGGCCCCGUCCAGAUCCUGACCCGACAACCCGCGGAAGGAAGAUCCAGAGACGGUGGUUUGAGAUUCGGAGAAAUGGAGCGCGAUUGCAUGAUAACUCAUGGAGCCGCGCAUUUCUUGAAAGAGAGGUUGUUCGACCAGAGCGACGCUUAUAUGAUUCACGCGUGCGAGAAUUGCGGUAUUCUCGCUAUUGCCAAUCUGAAGAAGCUUAGCUUCGAAUGUAGGAGCUGCAAGAAUAACACACACAUUGUUCAGAUAUACAUUCCUUACGCAUGCAAGCUUCUGAUACAAGAACUCAUGUCGAUGGCGAUUUCACCGAGGCUGCUCACAAAGGGUUUGGAAAUAUCCAAGGAACAGACAAAUUGUUAA